CUGGCGACGUGGUCAUCGAAAAUAGAGGCGAAGGAGAAUUUGUCUUCGAUCUCCAUCUCCUCACGGGCGUCAAAAGAGACACAGCGGUUCGUCGAUGGUGAUGGUGAGGUAGGCGACAACGAAAGACGAAGAGAUAUCGAUGGCGAUAGAAAGGCAAGCAGCGGCGACGGCUUUGAGAGAUCGAGAGCGACGCCAUCAGAUUCAUCGAAUCAGAAUCCGUCAAGGCCAUUCACGCCUCAAAUAUGCUUCCGCCUCGACAGUGGUGGCUGGUUCCAGGGAGGAUUCCGUUCAAAUUGGCGGCGGGUGAAGUGGCCAACGAGGGUGAUAUGCGCUUGA